UUCCUAAGAGUGGUUUUGAUUGGUCACUGCCCAGAAGAACAUGGCGGCGUCCAGGGGAAAACUGCUCGAAUUCAUGAUGCUCGUCGGCCAGCUAAAAAGAGUCCCACGGACAGGCUGGGUGCUGCGUGGUGUACAGAACGUGGAGAGUGUGGCUGACCACAUGUACCGUAUGGCCAUCAUGGCUUUCCUACUGGACGGGGAGGGAGACCUCAACAGGGACAAGUGUAUCAAAAUGGCCCUUGUCCAUGACAUGGCAGAGAGCAUUGUGGGAGAUAUCGCUCCAGCCGACGGUAUCAGUAAGGAAGAGAAACACAGGCGGGAGAAGGAAGCUAUGGUGCACCUGUCAGGACUUGUGGGAGGGGAAGUUGGGAAGGAACUCUACAGUCUCUGGGAGGAGUACGAGCAGGAGUCCACAGCCGAAGCGAAAGCUGUGAAGGACUUGGACAAGUUUGACAUGGUCCUGCAAGCCUUCGAGUACGAGACACUGCAGAAACGUCCAGGACAACUUCAAGACUUCUUCAACUCAACUAGAGGAAAGUUCCAUUAUCCAUUGGUGAAGUCUUGGAUGGAAGAACUCAACAGACUGAGAGACAACGACGACACAGAUAACCCAUUAACCAGAAUUGUUAACCCAUCAACCAAGAGAGAUCCUUCUGCAACCAGCAGUGAUGUUCAAGAAGAAAACAGUUCUACAUAAUGCAUUGCAUAUCUCAUACCAUUCCUCAUUGUUCGUAACUCCAGCAAGGAGUUAUACCAUAAAUUUUUCCUUUCACAUUAA